GGGAGGGCGGGAUUGGUCUGUUCCCAGGAGCAAAUUUGGGAAAGGGGAUGGCAGACCCUUCAUGGCCACUGAGGUAGAAGCAGGGCCCCACCCCUGCCCUCUCCUCCCUUCCCUUCUCCCACACCCUUCCUGCUUUCAGCCCAAGCCCACCACUCUCACCUCCUUGCUUACUUACAUGGGAGAGCCCAGAGAGGUGCAUGGUAAAGAUAAAAUUAAAUCGAGUAUCCUCUAUUUAAAGAAGCGCUUUUAAACGGUAAAAGAUGCUAUGCAAAUGCAAAACAGAGGUUUGAUUAUUGUUAGACUCCGAAUCAAGCCUGAAAUCACUUUAGAGCUUGUCUCUGGCUCCAGAAGGGCUGUCACCCUGGGCAGUUCUAUCUUCCUCUUCUUUGUCCCCGUCUCCGUCUCCCCGAAGCAUCCACCAGAGGACGCAGCUUCCCCAAAACUUUCCACCCUGCGCUUGGCUGGAGAAACUCUGUCCUUGCUUCCCUGAUCGCCCGGGCCCGCGGUUAAAUCACCGCAGCCCCAGGCCAGGCCGUCCGUUGCCAUGGUAACGGAAAGCCAGGGCGUCACCAUUGUCCGGGUGGGUGUGUUGGAGUCCUUGCCUAUACAUCCCCAAGACUCCCUGCCGGGACUUUAGAGUGGGGGAGGGAGACCGAACCAAAAAGACGCCCUUUUUCCCCCUACCUUCUCGCGCCCCCUUCUGUUCAGAAAGUGGAUGGCUUCCCCCGCGCGUGUCCGCACUAGCACACCGGCGUUCACGCGUGGUACGCAGAAGGCCCAAGCCUCGCGCUUGUGCAGCUCCCACCCUACCCCUCAGAACUUUCCCCGAACUCUGCCCCUCCCCCAUCGCUAAGGCAGUCAACUCAGUCUAAUAACCCGGUUCAGCACUUCCCAAACCCGCAGGGGCCCACUAGACCAAACCCGCGCGCUAGAACCCUUCUCCUGAGCCCCCGUUUCCCCGGGGCUCCGCCCCGCUCCUCUGGGCCCCGCCCCCAGGCAGUGCGGGGCGGGAGGCGGGGCCGGGGGCGCGGCCGCCGGGCUGGGGGCGGGGCGCAGGGGGGGCCGAGGCCCCGGGCGGGGGCUCGGCGCGGGCCCGAGAGAUGCCGGUGUCGGCGGCCCGAGCGGCUGCAGCUGCAGCGGCGGGGGAGGCGGCAGCGGAGCCCGGGAGGGGGGCUGCGCGGGGGGCCGGCGCGUAGCCGGGACUAUGGAGGGGCAGAGCGGUCGCUGCAAGAUCGUGGUGGUGGGGGACGCGGAGUGCGGCAAGACGGCGCUGCUGCAGGUGUUCGCCAAGGACGCCUACCCCGGGAGUUAUGUCCCCACCGUGUUUGAGAACUACACCGCGAGCUUUGAGAUCGACAAGCGCCGCAUUGAGCUCAACAUGUGGGACACUUCAGGUUCCUCUUACUACGAUAAUGUCCGGCCUCUGGCCUAUCCUGAUUCGGAUGCUGUGCUCAUCUGCUUCGACAUUAGCCGACCAGAAACACUGGACAGUGUCCUCAAGAAGGUGGGAGCCUAGGGAAGCAGGACAGCUAGACUGAGGGGGACCAGAAAACACAUGGGCCAGGAGGAGGGAAUUACAGCUGAGCAUGGCCGUCAGGGAGAGUGUGUGUGAAGCUCUCCCCCUCCCCAAUCCCCCCCUGACUUCCUGGAAAUCAGUCCUCAGAGCUGGAUAUGGCAUCUGGGGGAGAUGGGGGACAACAGGGAGGAGUAC